AUGCUACGCAUAGGAAUGUGCAUACCGUACAGAGUCGUCAUGUUUUCCCUCGGAGGUUUGGCUGGUUAUUGUGCCAAUAGAUACCCCUCCGUUAAACCCAUCGUCCAAAUCUGUUUUAUGGACGUCAACAUUUUGCUUAUAGGGUUUCUACCAGUAAUGAUAUUUCGGACCUCGUACAGCGUUGAUGCCCACUCGUUCGUAAAGAGUAUCCCGCAAAUUUUACUCGUUGGCGUACCCGGAGCGUUGUUAACCGCACUCAUGGUCGCAUUUAUGGCAUUUUAUUUGAUCGAAUCGUCUUGGGACUUCGCUACGGCAUUCCUUUUCGGGAUAACAUGCUCGCCCAUAUACCCUUUAGAGGUCGUGAAGCAAUUAAAGACUAUGUCUAAAGGGAAGUACAUAGGGGUGUUACUCCUUGGUGAAGGGUUGUUGGGGGAUGUGACGGUCAUGAUAGAGUUCACAGCAGUUUUUGGCUACAUAUCGUACGCCAUGACGGAGGCUUCCCAAAUAACUAUAUUCCUCAUCCGCUACGCAGGCGGCGGGAUUCUGUUAGGCAUAGUGUUGGGAAAGAUUACCGAUACUCUUUUAUCGAUAACUUAUAACGAUCUUCUGUGCGCGGUGACGGUGACUGUGGCCGGUUCGUAUUUGACGUUUUAUAUUGGCGAAAAGUUCUUGUAUGUGUCUGGGCUUCUGGCAACGGUGAUUACCGGUGUUCUUGUCAGUAAUAAGAAGUCGACUAUUGCUGGGGAUGUGGAACAAGUGCUCUCCACGUUUUGGAGUAUACUAGCUCAUGCGGCCAAUACUUUAGUGUUCACUAUAGUUGGAGUGGUUAUCUUUGAAAGAGUCAGUGAUGUGCUCAGUGUGCGACAAAUGGCUUUGAUUUUUGUCACGUAUACCACUGUAUAUUGUUCGAGGUUGAUGGUAUACUCAGCGAUGACCCCUCUACUUCGCCACGUGGGUUAUGGCAUGACAUGGCAGCACUGCCUGGCCUGCGUGUGGGGGGGUCUUAGGGGACCACUGUCCCUAUGUCUGGCACUCCUCGUGUUGCAGACUCCUGUCCUAUCUGAAGCUGGAGAGAUCUUCAUAAUCCAAACAGCAGGCCUAGUUAUCCUAUCCCUGGUUAUCAACGCCACAAGUAUGAGGAAAGUACUGAAGAUCCUCGGCUUAGCAGAGAUCUCCCUUGCAAAGAAAGCUAACAUGACGAAUUGUGUCAAAAGGAUCAUGAUGACCAGGGACCGAUGUAUUUCUAUGCUGAAGAUGGACAAAUUCCUAGCUGAUGCUAACUGGGAUCUGGUUACCCUUGGCACUACAAUAAAGCAUCCGUACCAGCUUCAAAUGUCAGGCAGAGAUGAGGAUAGCGAAGACGACACCUACAUGGGCUACCAUUAUACCACAUGUCCUGACUGCGAGAGAGAAAUACCUAACGAACCAACUAAAAAGGAGUUCAUUGAAAUGACUAAGGAGGCCCACCAGCGCGUGCUAAAAGCUCUAAAGAUCUCGUAUUGGCGUCAGUAUGAGCAUGGGAAAGUUAGUAAAGACGGGGUGCGAGUGCUAGUGCAGGCUGUAGAGGUCGCUGCUGAUUCGGAGGACGGAAGGGUCAAUUUGGACACGUUAGGGAGUCUGUGGAAACCUAAGAACCUGAACCGGGGGUAUAUAAGCGGAACUGCGGCUCACCGCUGGCAGUUGAGUUCUAAGUCUAAAGCGAUUCGGAAGAAAAGGAAGAAGUGA